UUAUGACAGCACAGCCGAGGGCCUUCUGUUCAUCGCGCUGCCGCCAACCGCAAAAGACUGUCUCCUGUUGGCAAAAGACAUCUGAGCCUCAAGGCCGCUUGCUCCCGCCCCCGGGAAGUUAUCCAGCUGCUGCAGCACGAUAUUGAGUUUGCGAACGCUCCGCAGCAGGUCUCUUAGGAAGGAACCCUCCUCACGUAGCAGACGCUCAAUAUCAAACAGCCUACUUACAAACGCUCCACCUGUAAGCCACAGCAGACAAGGCGAGACGCGCACGCGAGAUACAAUUGUGCAUUCGUCCUGUGUCUUUGUUUCUUACCUCUCUGUCCCUCGGCCUCAGUGGAUGUCUCUGAGGGCAGGAAAAGAGUGCCAGCCACCUCCUCCUCGUUCAGUAUCUCAUCCCACAGGGGCGAGACCUCUCCUUCCAUGCCCUCCUCGGCACCAAUAGCUCGGCGCUGGGCGCCCUGCAUCAUAAGCUCUGCCUCUUUCUGCUUCAGCUCCUGCUGGCCAGUCUUCUCAAGCAGCUUCCUCUGUUUCUCCAGCCGCUGCGCCUGCUUCUCCUUGAACUUGCGUUGCUCCUCCUCGCUCCUCUUCAUUUGCCGCUCCUUCUGGGCCUUCUUCUUGGCUUGCAACCUGCAUUCAUUUCAUUCAUGGGGCCAUCCAGAGGUGCGUGUGUUUCUGUGGUGUCAAUACGUCCAUACGUCUCACCUCUCCUCCAAUGACUUUACUUGGCGGUCCCGCUCAGCUGAAUGAGCACAGAGACACAAAGCAGACAGAGAGGGGACAAGAGACUGAUCGAGCGUGCAGGGCGGGGAUAAGGUUGAUCGUCCGCCCACCGUCCAGUGAGGCCACCAGCUGCUGCUGCUCCUCCUCAAACUGCCGCAGAAUCUCGGCCUUCUUCUCGUCGUCAUCCUUAUUGUCUGACUUGGCCAGGUCCAUCUUCUUCUUCCGAAGCACCUCCUGCUCCUGCAGCACCUUGUCCCUCAGUCGAGUGGCCCGCUGCUCAGCCGCCUCGCGGUCUUUUUGCGCCUGUGCCUCCAGCUUCUCUUCAAAGUCCUGGAGCUCACGCUCCUGCAGGAGUGGUACAUACAUACAUGCAUGCAUAAAUGUGUGUCACGCGUCUGGCUUGGCUCUUCUUACCAGUUUCUGCUUCUCGAGUGCUUCCCUCUGUGCCCACUCUUCCUCCAUGAGCCGCAUUCGCUGAUGGAUCUCCUCCUCCUUCUUGCGCUGGAACUCCUCGAGCUUGGCGCGGUCCACGAGGUCCCUCUCCUCCUGUGCCUUGACGUAUCGCUCCACGUGUGAGAUCUCGCCGAAGGCGUCCGUCAGCUCCUGCACGUGCCGCUCCUUCAGCGCCAUCAUCUCCUCUUCUUGAGACUCGUCGACCUGACAGACACGACAAGCACAUGAAAGAGGGCAGCGGCGUUAGGCAAGAGGGCUCGAUAGCCGGAGGCCAGAACAAUACCUCUCGUGUGACCUUCGCCAGAGUGGUGUCGCACUUGGCCUGUGUGCAAAGAUUGGUGGGCGUGUCAAGUGCAUGCACACAAGUUGCAGGUGAGUAGACGGACCUUGUGUUGUUUCUCGAGCUCUGCGAUCUCCGCCUGCCGUUUCUUCGCCGUCGCUGGUGUCUCGUCGUAAGUCUUGGGGCACUUAGCCAUUAUGUCACUGUGCAACAGACGAGAGAUGGCCAUUUCACAGUCUACGUCUCCCAUGAUUAGCCGUCAACAGUUUUGCUUACGCGAGGCCCUGGUCUCUCUCCUUGUUGAGCUCGUCGAGUGCGUGCGCCAGCUUGAUGGCCUUUUGGCGGAAGUGCAACGACAGCAUGUCGUUGGCCUCGCGCUCAUGACGCUGGUACAGCACCUGCCAUUAUGCAACCACCAGACAGAGAGAUUUAUCCGGAGCCUCUGUUGUCUGUGUGGAUCCCUUACGCACCUGCUUGACCAUCUCGGUCGGCGGUGCGGCGGCCUCGCCCUCCUCCUCAGCAGCCUGCGCCUGGGCCAUCUGCUUCAAAGUCUCUGCCUCAGCCCGGCGCUCAGCCUACAUACCAACGACAACCAUCCAGAGAGUGCAGAGACACCGAAAAAUUGUGGGCUUACGGCGCUCUGGGCCUCGAUCUGCUGCUUCAUUUGCUCCAGCUUCUGCUCCUCAAGCUGCUUCUCAUGCUCGCGUCGCAUGGCCUGCUCCUUGGCCUUCAGGCGCUUCUUCCUGGCUGCCAGUUUUGCCUCGAGAGCCACAUCCUGCUUCUGUGCUUCUUCGUUGAUGGCCGUGUCGAUCUUGUCCAUCUGAACCGCCAAAUCUGUACAACCAACAUACAGCAGAGAAGACACAGAGAAUGACAGAAGGGAAGAUGCGACUGAACAUUUCUUUCUUGGUACUGACCUUGCAUGAUCCUCUUUUUGGCGUCCUGAGUGGCCGCCUUGGCUGCCUUCUGCUCGGCCUCCUGGCGCAGCUUCUUCUUCUCCUCUUCCAUCUUCUGCUGUUUCUUCUUCUGCUCCAUGGCCACUUCACGCUGAACGGCGGCACGAGCUGCCUGCACCUCGCGCUGUGACGUGGCAAGGAAUGGGAUGCAGGCAGUGUUGAAUGUCAGGAACUGAUCAUACCUCCAUUUCCGCCUUGAGCUCUCUGAGUGCCUCUUCCUGCUCCUGCUGGACGGCCGCAAGCUCCUCAGCAUGCUGCACAGCCAUCUCUUCCUUCGUCGCAGUGGCCAGGGCCCUAAAAAAACAGGUUCAACGCCGCCUUCGUCAAGCCCACCGUCUCGUCUCUGCUGGCUUACUUACCUGGCGACGGCCAGGGCGGCAUCGGCAGCACCCGUCAUAACGGCGACCUGCUCUUCGGCUUGCAGCUCACGGACGGCGUUCUCGUGGGUCUGGUCCUGCUUGACGGCCUCAUCCACCUGCCUGGCCGCCAGGCGAGCCCGCCUGGCGGCCAUCUUGUCCUUGAGGCCCUGCUCCUGCACCAUCCGCUCAGCGUUGAGACUCUCCACCAUGCGCUCCUCGUUCUCCUGGAACUGCGCCAAGAGGUUCUCUUUCUCGUCCGCCUCUGCGGUGGGGUCCAGCGCGACGGCUAGCAUUCUCUCCCGCGCCUCACGUGCGAUGCCUUGGUGCAUGGCGCGCAUCUCGUGAGCCUCUCCCUGGGCCUCCUGCGCUGCUGCUUCGGCCUCCAUGAGCUUCUCAGCCACCUGCUGCAGCUCCAACAGCUGGCGAUCCUCUCCCUGUAUCGGACAGCAAACCCAUCACUCGCAUGCGAUCAACCAACCCAUUGUAUCAGCUGUAUUCCAGAGGCGUGACCUGUUUCUUCUCGAGGUCUCGGCGCUUCUCGUCCAGCUCUCUCGCAGCCUUGGCUUUCUCGAGCCGCUCUGCACGACGCUGCUCCAGUUUCUUGUCUAGCUCUGUCAUCUGUUUGCCCUUCUCUUUGUCCAGCAGAGCCUCCAGGUGCGCAACCUCGCGCUGAAUACACACACAUAUCGGUGGAAAGCCGACACGCCUGAGACACUGCACUGCUCCGUGUGUACCUGGUAGGCCUCUCGGAUCUGCUCCCUCUGAGCAUCCGUCUCAGGAUCAGUGGCGUCGCCCAGCUGCAAAUGUAGUAUGCAAGAAUUGUACAAGACAAGCGAGACGUGUCGGUGUUUUGUCCUACGUCAGCGAGUUGCUGUUGCAUCCGCCUUCUGGCAACGGAGAGCAUUUCAUUCUUGGCGUUAAUGGUGUCUCGCUCGAGCUUCUCUUUGGCCGCCGACUCCUCAACCUCCAGGUCGUCCAUCAUCGCGGCUUCAUCUGAUGCCUCCAUGGCGCGUGCUUCUUCCGCACGCAACCUGCACACAACGAACGCCAGAUGAGUAUCCAGCCAUCGACGUGAUGAAUGGUGAUGAAUGCGGAAUCUUGUGUGCGUACUUGUUGAGGUUCGCGGCGUCCUUCUCGCGCUCUGCCUGGUGCUUUUUCUGCAGUCCGUCCCGCUGGUCUGCAUGUUUCUUCCUGAGAGCAUUCCAGGUGUCUGUCUCGGCCUUGCGAUGCUCCGCGUCAAUCUUGUCGAGCUUUGCCGCCUCCUGUUGGAGCAGUGUGCUCCUCUGCGUGUCGAGCCACGAGUUGAGUUGAUCCUCCUGACGUUUGCGCUCUUCGGGGUCCUCGAUGCUCUGAAGGGCGGCCCUCUUCUCGUUGAACUCCUUCAUGAGAUCGAACAGCUUCUGCGCCGUCUCGUCCUUGACAGCCUUCUCCUUCUCGGCGCGCUGGAAUGAGAGGUCGCGCAUGGCUUUGUUCCUAUCGCUCUCUUGAUCGGCCUCCAGCUUGCGCCAUUCUGCCUUCUGCUCCUCUUCCUUUGCCCUGAAAGCCUCUUCUGCUGCAUGUCGCUUCUUCAUGGCCUCCGCGCGCCGUCUCUCCCUCUCUUGCAGCUUUUUGUCCAGAGCCGCCUGUGCUGCUGAGCGCUCCUCGUCGAGCAAGUCGAGGGCCUUCUUCACCUGGCGAUCAUGCUCUUUGAUGAUCUGUUGCCGCUCCUCCUCACUCUGGCGGACAUCACAGGCAGCUGUGCAUUUCUGUGCAUCUGUACUACUGGUGCCGAACCUUAGCGCCGCGGAGUUUUUUCUCGAGCUCGGCCUCUAGCUGAGCCUUCUUCAGCUCAGCCUUGGACUCAUACCUGAUUGAGGAGACAUGAAUCACUUAUGGAGUCUCACUGUCCAGUGAGACGAGUACCUCUUCAGCAGUUCCGACUGCUUCUGCUCUCUUGUGUUCUCGUUCUGCUGUUUGAAGGUCUCCGUCUCGUCCUCCUGGCUCAUCUUCAGUUCAGUGGCGCGGGCCUCGUUCAGAUCCUGUUGACACGAAGGAAACACGAAGCAUGGCGUUUUCACCAGGCAGCCCGUUUCCCUACCUUAGCGGCGGCAUCAAGCUGUUGCUGUUGCUGAGUGGCCAGCUUCUGCUGCUCCUCCAUCUGACGUUUCUUGAGGGCGUCCCGUCUCUUGGCUAGCUUUUCCUGCAGGGCCUUCUCCUGGCUUAUGCGCUCCUGCUCGAGGCCCUCGAGGACGGCAUUGUAUUGCUGCAGGUUCCGCUGGAUGAUCUCCUCCCUCUCCUCUGGGCUGCCGGCCGACACCAGCUCCCUCUCGAGCUGCUCCUGGAAGUUGGCGUGGGCCUUGUCGCACUUCUUGCUGUAGUCAGCCAACAGCUUGUUCUGCUCGGCAGCGCCAUCCUGCGCGAGUGCCUCACGGUCGCCGUCCUGCAUCGAUCGGGCAGAAUGACGGAGUCAUGAGGCAGCCGUGGUUGUGGAUGUCUGGUUUAUUGAUUCUUUGGUCACCUGUCUAGCAUUGAGUGCGGCUCUGUCGACCGCCAGCUUCUGUUCGGCCGAUGUCUGCUUCUGCUGUGCCAUCUGCAGCUGCUGCCGAGCAUCCAUCAGCUUGUUCUAACAAACAGCAAUACGAUACAAAAGACCUCGCGACAUGUGUUAGCGAUUCACAUGACCGUACAUACCUCUUGCUCCUCGUAUUUCCUCUUGAGUUCGUCGAGCUCCUGGUUCUGCGCCUCAUUCAGCUGAUGACACAAAACAUCAACAGAUGUGACGGAUGAGCUGGCGCAAGUGGUCUAGCAGCUAAAUGGUGAGACCUCGAUCUGCAGGCCCUUCAUCUGCUCCUCAAAUUGCUCAAUCAUGGCCUUGCGCUCAGCGUCAUUCUCACACGUCGCCAAUCGACCCAUCAGGCCGCGCAACGCCUCUGCUGUGCGGGCCGAUGCCAUGGCUUCAAUCGCAAGCUGCAGGACACACACACACAUACACACAAGGUCUUACUGGUAUCGACCCUCAGUCGUCUUUACCUGUCCCUUUUGCUUCUGCGCGAGAGCAGCAUUCGCGUGUUGGCGCUUGAGGGCGGAUGGACUUUGCACACUCCGCACCGACUCCAGGCUGCCCCGUCUCUCCCUCUCCCUGGCCGCGCGGAAGCGCUCGAGGGCGCCCAUCUCUUUCGCUUCGGUAUACAGUCCCUUCCACGCGUCGAUGAGGGCAUCACGCUUGCGGUAGAGAUGACCCAUGAGCACCUCAAGCCGCUGUCGGUGUCGGAUGGCGUCACUGUCUGCGUCAUCUUGUUUGUCAAGGGCGUCACUGAGCUUGAGCAGCAGCUCAUCCCGGAUAUUCAGUGCCUCUCUGAGUAUGGCUUCUGUCUCCUCCUUUUGCUGCUCAAGCUGGUCGGCGAAUUUCUGUGAGACGUAGCUGUGGUGGCUGAGCAGCUUGUCGUAGACGGCCUGGAAGAUGCGUGGGUCGACGUCCUCGUCCAUGCUCAGGAAGUCCUUCUUGCCCGCACCCGCCUCGAACAGGUUGACGCGCAGAUCCUUCUGGUCAUACUCCACGUCAGCCUUCUUGGCGCGAAUGAUGUCAAAGAUGUUGCGCCUCAUCAGCCGCCUGAUGCACCAAGACACCACAUGCAGAGAGAUCGCCAUGUGUGUGUGUCUGGCUGUGUGCUGACCUCCUAUAGUCUGCUUCAGGUCCCAGCGGCCCGACAUCCUCCGUCCAUGUGCUAGAGCGGAACCACCACAGCCCAGCAAUCACCAGGAAGACUAAGCAAACGAGACACAUAAUCGACCACAUAUGGCUUCCAUAUCGCCGCGCCGUGGAUGUCUACUUACUUGUUCCGGUGAUUGCGGCGAUGGUGCCGAGCAGCAGCCACCAGUCUGGCGUGAGCUGGAUGUCCUCCUUGACCGAGACGCCGACAGAGGUCAGCGCCGUGGCGGUGAUCGUCUGCGGCAGACGUGAGUCCUCACGGCAACGCUGCAGGCACAAGCAACUUCGUUGGUGCAAUACAUUCGCAUUCGCAUUGGUUCUUCCUCGAUGACCUCGUCGGUGCCCAUGACACUGAUUAUCGUGCGCUGCUUGUUGUCAGAGCUCAAUGCGAACACAUACACGCCAGCAGCGUCGAACGUGUAGGCAAACAUCGCCCGAGACACGCCCGCCUUGAUGUCAGUCUCAAGCUGCCUGUGCGACAGACACACACACACACACACACGUGCAGAGCACUGACUUGUCUGCAUGCGCAUUCCCCCCGAGCGGCUGACUUGAAGGGCGCAAAGUCGAAUGUCGGGUUGGUGUUGAGUAGGGCGUCCUUGACAUAGACGGGGUAGGCGAUGUUGCCGUUUCUGUCGGCGGACAGCGACCACACCAUCGACUCGCCAAACUCCAGACACAUGACGGGAUUGGUCACACCCGGUGUCUCCGCUGGGUCUCGACUCACAGUGGCUUGCAGCCGACGGCGGCGGGACACACUCGAGUUGUACUGCUCGAGGAGCGGCGGGUCGUUGAGUGGGUCGACCGUGCCAUUGAAGCAGUCGGCAGGGGUGGCGUUGUACAGCCUAUCCAUCACCACUUUCAGAAGAACCAGCGGGAAACCGAAAUUGCCCUCCAGCACACCGUCGCUGGUUGUGGACUCGUAUCUGAGGUUGCAGUUGCCGAGCUGUCUUGCCUCCUCGCUGCAUGUCGGUACGCCGAGCAGCACCUCUGUGCGACCGGUGAGGUGUUCCACGGGGAUAUUGCAGAAUGUGUUGUCGGUCUGGUUGAUGACCACGAGUGACUGUAUCGGCUCCAGGUUGUUGUUCAGGAGGAAAGCGAUGUUGCCGAGCAUUUGGCCGGCGCGGCAGUCGAGGUCGCACAACUGCUCAGAGAACGUCAGCACUCUGCAGGAGCAAAGGCCCACGGAAUCCAGGAACUGCCCACCUGAUGAUACACGAGAAGCAGAGGGCAUCCAAUCACAUUCCUCGAUCACGAUAAUCCCAUCCAGUCCACCCGCCACGUACCGAGUUUGCACUCUGAGUCGCAGUCAGGGGCGAUGCAGUUGCCGUCGACAUUGCGACGCUCGCCUGGCUGACACCGCUCGUACACCUAACGAGAGACACACCCACACAGUUACCGGAUUGCAUUUUAUUGUCAUGCAAGCGUGGCGUGAAGUUCCUACGUAUUCCUGGCAGUCUGCUCGCCCGUCUUCCUCAGACAAGGGGAUUGUGUCUUCGUGGAAGAACUCGAAGCCGGGCGCGCAUAUGCAGGACUGGUCCGAUGCCUGGAAGGCCCGGUUGGCCCCGAUGCACUCACAGAUGGUGGCGCCAGUGAUUGUGGUCUUGGCGCUGGCGCCGCAGGGGAGGCACCUUGGCUGGCCCUUACUCGGAUUGAAGGUGCUGAUCUGAAUGGAGACAUCAACACUUCUUUGGAGGGAGAGAGUAUUGGGAAAGGUGGCGUACCGGACAGUCCUUGCACUCGUCCGCCGUCAGUGCUCGAAUCUUGUUUUGAUACUGGAGACACAACAGGACACCAAUAGACUGAUCUGCUGGGUGCGUUGUUUGUGUGAGCCAUGUCUCACCGUGCCUGCGGCACAUCGUGUGGGGGCGCUGCUUCCUUCUGGGCAGUAGGAGCCUUCAGGGCACUCGUAGCCGUUGUGCUCUCGCUCGAUGGUGGGGAAGCUAUACAUGCAUACACGCACGUUCAUGUGAGGCAGGUGCGGUGUCGUGUGGCAGAUGGGUGCCUCACCGUCUGUUGCAUCCCUCAAGGCACACGUAGCCCGGCUCGCAGGGCUGACAGAAGACGUCGUUACCCUCUUGGAAUGAGCCCUGAUGGACGGAAGGUACCAAGCAGAAUGGAACGUCCAAACACACCAGCAAUACACAGGUACGCACUGACCGGCUCGCACGGAAGACACGACUCUUCGAGUGUGGUGCGCAGACUGCAUACACAUGACGCAUUCAUGGUUGCACCGGAGGGCAGGCAAGCACCUCAUGGUCGUGAGCUUACGAGUCCGGGUCGCUCGGGUCGAAAGUCUUGUUCCAGCCACGAUAACCAGGAGGACACGGCCGCUGCACACGCACAUGCACAAUGGCAGACAGAACAGACAGUGCUCCGUUUAUCCAUCCACAUGCACGCACCGGGGUCUCGCUGCCCUCAGGGCAAUAGGUGCCCAGCGGACAGAUGUCAGCCACUCCGCGAGUCGGUUGCACGCUCAUCGUCAUCGUCAUCAGCGUGAGUGGGUCAAGCAGUUCAGCCGUGCCGUUGGGGCAGGCGUAGCCGGGGGGACACACUAUGGGCAGUGUUGUCUGGUUGGGGCAGUAGAAACCGCCGGGACACUGACGCGGUCUGCACACACACACACACACAGCAGUAGUGUGCAGAGCUUCCAGCCAAGAGGGUGCAGUGCUUACAGCGCUGAUCUUGGAGGGCAGUAUGUGCCCGCUGGGCAAGGGGAGUCGGGUGUGGUGCUGUUGGACGAUGCGCAGUAGAAGCCACCCUUUAUUGACCAAGCACAAGAGGUGGAAGGAAGAAACAUGAGUCACUGGCUGAUGUCACGGGCGCGUCGAUCAUACCGGGCAGUCGAAGCAGUCCAGGGCAUUUGUCGAUCCAGUCGUGUUGACGAAGGUGCCUGGCGGACAUGGGAUGGGCAUGAUGGUGCCUUCCAGACAAUAAGAACCCUCCUGAAAACACCACGCCAGCCACGACGCAUCACAGCAAAUCCACUCAAGAGGAUAUCUUGUAUCUAUCUGACCUACCGGACAGGGGAUGGCGCCCUGUGUCUCGUUGUAUGGGUAUGAUGUGCCCAUCUCUGUGCACCAGACGCCAGCCGGGCAGGGGAUACACGCACGUAAGGAGGCCUUCUGCGUGAAGUUGUUGUAGAGGGACACUGGGCAAGGUAUCGGGUCUCGCGUGUUGGUGGGGCAGUAGUGGCCGGCCGGGCAUUCGAUGGGCACAGGGGGGCUGACGCCGGGGGGGCAGUAGUACCUCUCGGGGCAGGCAGUGCAAUCGGUCUCAAAGCGCCCGCCGGGGUACAGACGCACUGCCCCGUCCUUACACUCGAUGGGCUCUCGCGUGCCUGCAUAGUGUGGCACCUCAAUAGACACACAGAUGGGACGUCAUCCUCCCCUCGUGGUAUUGUGACCUUCAGGGCAGAAAUAGCCCUCCGGGCAUUGGAUUCCGCCAAAGACAGGGCCGUAUGGUCCACCGCCGGCAAGCUGGUCGAAGUUGGAUUUGCUGAGCAUCUCCCACGUGACGGUCGUUUGUGGGACGUAGGGGUUGUUAUUGCCCUUGUCCUCCCGGGGAUUCGGAUGCGCAUUGCCGAACCCACAGAUGUACCUGCACACAAAUACACACACACACAACACACAUCAUGCGCCAGCUGUUGAAAUGGACGCUUCGCAUGUUUGUUGCUGUGUGUCAUGCGGCUCUGUGCAAUGUACCCAGCCUGCGCACAAACCACACACAGUCGUCGGGCACAGUCAAGCAACUGUAUCUGUAGGGGUCUCUUACGGAGCAAUUUCCGACGAUCCUGCCCGCCCUACAGUAUUGGGCCGGCUCGCAUGGCGAACAGUCCUCAUCGAUGUCGUCCGGGAGGGUGGGCAGGGAAUCGUUAAGGUAGCUGCCCUCGGGACAUCUGCACAACGGCGAAACGUCACUGUGCAUCUGUUGCAGUGCCUUUCAUGAGAUGUGGCAGCUUGUUACCCGAUUCCAAAGGCAGAGCCGGCUGGGCAUACGCGACCAUCAGGGCAAGGCUGAGAUCAAAAGAGCCAAGAAUGAAUCGGCCCUCGACUGACUGAGUCAAUGAUCGUGUGUGCUCACUUCAGGCGUGACGGUUUGGUUGGGGCAUCGGAACCCAGCUGUGCACUCCAUACACGCAUCGGCCCCAGUGUCGUUCGAAAACUUGCCUGAAGGAAGUGAGACACACAAGAUUCAGUCAAGAGUCAUCGCCCAUCGUUCGCCCUUCCCCCACCUGGCUCGCAUGGAAUUGGAGUUUCUGAUGCCGUCGGGCAGUAGUGGCCGGGAGGGCACUCCCCGCCCUCAUCAGGACUUGAGGGGUCUGAGCGGGUGGCCCCACCACUGCAGUAGUAGCCGGCAUCACAGUCGGCAUCCGGCGCUGAGAGGCCCAUGGCGGUGCAGGCCUUCCCCGGAGUGCAUGGCUCGCACUCGGAAGAUGUGGUGGCGGGCUGGAAGGUGCCCGUCGGGCACUCGAUCGGGUCAGCCGUGGCUGCAGGAAUGUUCACUCGCAUGUGCACAAGGAUGGAUGCGGCGGUCGACGCGAGACACACUUACCUUCGGGACAGUAGUGUCCCGCUGGACAGCGGCCAGCAUACUACACGCAAACACAAUCAUGCGCGCCUUUUCUAAACGCCUUCAUGUUGUCUAUGAGCUGAUAUACCCGGCCCUCGGUGUCAUUGAAGAUCUGGUCAACCUCAUAUUGGAAUCUGCCGCCGUGUGGGCAGUUGUCGGGCCAGGAAGAACAUGGCGCCUGCUUGCAUGCGAAUCCCGCCGAGCAGUUGUAGAGGUUACCGUCCUCAUUGCCGUAUCCGGGACAGUAGUGGCCGUCAUUGCAUGGGACGGGCUUGUCUUGGAGGGGGGCGUCCACAUAGUACUGACACACGAGACAACACACCCCAAUACAGCACAAUACACUACGCGAGCCUAUUACAGGUGCGUACUUACCCCCGGUGGUGGCGGGAGAGGCCACACCGUCCCUGCACACACGCGAUGCGCGAGGCUUACCAUUCGACUCUCAUCAUCCAGGUGUGUCUCGAUUUUGCCUACCUUCAGGGCAAUAGCGGCCCACAGGACAAUCGUACGUGCCGUUUGUGGUCUGCAUCAACAGACAAGACACGAUGAAAGAACACGUGGAAAUCCGCAACUUACGUCUGUAUCGGUCAUCGCAGAAUUGGGGCAAUAUCUGUGGCACAAAAAGCCAAAAAGCCCCGAUUGCGUGUGUGUAUCUGUGUGUCCUUCAAAUGCUAUGCUGACUUUGUUGCUGGACAGAGAUCGCAUUCCUCCACUCCUGGGCCGCUGUAGUUGCCCGGCGCACACGCCUGCUCAGCCACCGCUCCCUGGGGGCAGUAGUAACCCGCUGAAUACACAGAUGCAGCCGUCAGAGAGCAGGGGGAGAGAUGUCGAUGACUACUGAUCCAGUGCAGCUAUAUACCGGGGCAUGGGUAUCCCAUGCAAGGAUCCCCGUUGGGACAUGUGGCUUCAAGGCCAUCAGGAUCCUUAUUGUCGCUGCCACUAAGGCACACGUAGCCACCGUCACAAGGGUCCCGGACGGCUGGACAAAUACACAGUCAUCGAUGGAGACGCAGGCAGUGAUUAGUUACGCGUUCUGCUCACGUGAUACGGUGCUGGCGCAGUAGUAGCCUGCAUCACACAACUGGCAGCUGGCAAGCUCCGGGCUGCCCGCGCUUUGGGUGAAAGAGCCUCUGCGCAGAGUAGAAUGAAGUAACAGACACGGAGGGAAUGCAGCAGUGCGCUGGAAUGCGGUCAGAAAUGCAGCUGAUGGCCCUUACGCUGGACAUAAGUAGUCGGUUCCAUUCUCAGUCCCCUCCAGGCAGUAGGCUCCCCUGGACAACAGACACAGACACAGAGACACGACAUUGAUGGAGCGCCAAUGACUGCAAGCAACUGACAUUUCACAUACCUAGGGCACAGCCCGCCAAUAACGGUAAUGUUCUCUGCCAAUUUGUUGGGAUUCUCCUCGCCGGACCGCGGAGCGGGCAGGAAGUUGCCAGUCGUGCAGUAGUAACCCUGCGCCAGAAGGCAACGGUACAUCCGCAUGACGUGUAUGGUGGUGAUGUGCGUCCGUCCUACCGCAGAGCAGUUUCCUGUAGGUUCGGUGAGGCCAGGUCGGUCGCAAUACUUGCCGGCCGAGCAGGGUUCACAGUCUGUCAGCUCUUCGUUCUUGACGGCGUUGCUGAAGGUUCCGGGAGGGCACGGAUAUUGCUGCACACACAUUGAAACUGACACGCGCUUCUCUCACCCUGACGAUCACUUCCUACCGUCUCCCAUUGGGUGCCCUCGGGGCAGUCUGCAAAGCAGGGAGAAAAUGACCAUGCAAAGGAGUGAUUGCUACGGCAUAUAGCAGCACAUCGAUCGGCUCUUCGCACUCACAGUGUCCACUUGGGCAGUCUUCUAUCCUUGUCGACAUGUCAUCGUUGACCCCGCCGGCGCAGUAGGAACCCGCCGGACAUAUGACGCACUCCGACUCUCCGGUGGUGCUCGGCUGAUACGUCCCGAUGGGGCAGGGGAUGGCUGCAGGGGCACCUGUAUCAAUCAACACACACACACACAAUGGAGUGCGCCUCUCGUUGAGUCAAGUCGCGUCUACCGAUGGUUUUGGAUCCCCAGAGCUUGAAGUCGAAUAUCCUGAUUGCGUUGCCUAAGGCUGGCGGCGGCGUUGCCGAUGAGUGUAUUGAUGUGAUUUCGAGCCGCACAACAUUGGCUAUGCGGGGCGGUGAGAUAUUCUCACUGAUUUCAUGCUGGAUGGACGGACACAUCGAUCCGGACACACAAGAUAACCAAGACAUGAAUGCGACAUUCACGUUCCUGUCUGUCUUCUCGUACGUUCCCAGAGGGGUAGUUGUACGGCGCGACGAGGUCCUCCCAUGCCUGAGUGCUGUAGUUAUAAAACUGUCGAGACACACAGAAUGAUACACAUUGGGGAUCGCCCGUCGCUCAUCUGUCAGACCAGUCAUGACAUUUACCUGGAUAGAAAAGUCCUCGAGUGCUCCGCCCUGGUAAGUCUUUGCUACGUCCCAUGUUUUCACGUCGAAGCUCUCGAGCACAUAAUAGUCAUCGAGGGUGACCUCCAAAUAUCCGAACGUGCUCACGUCCUCCCAAUAGCUGUCGAGGUCGGUAUCCACCGCAUUGGAGGGAUUGCUACCGCUGCCAUCCUCGGCGACUCUGUGCGUCUGCAUUAGGUUGGAGCCUGGGUCCACCUGUUGGGCACAGAAGUGUCCCUGAGGACAGACAUCUCCCGAUGCCGAAAUGCCGCCCUCGCUGCAGUAGGUGCCGUUGGCGCACGGGCCGCCAGGUACCGCCAUACCCUCUUCAGGGCAAUACAGACCGGCGGGACACUGAGACACAUGAUAAGCAACACGUGAUUAGGUCACUCUCUCUAUCGCCUGCUUAUCACGAGAGUGGUGACUGACCAGAAGGCAGUCUUGUUCGGCGAUAUUUCCCUCCCAUGGCAUGAACGUCCCCGGAGGGCACAUCUGAUUGGCGGCCUGACCGCGGUCGGGCGGCGACACGAUGAUCUGACGGAUGCGGGAGUUAAGCGUGUCAGCCACCAAAAAAUGCCACACAUUGUCUGACAGCGCAUAGUACUGAGUCGGCUGCAAAGGGAAACAACGCGCACAACUUUGGUAUCGACUGACGGAUACGUCAUGGAUUAGCCGACCUUCCUGUACGCCGGCUGCAGUCCCCUUGGUGUCUUCAAUUUGGCCUCAUUGGCCGGCACUGCUCCUCCGUCGCCCUUGAAGCCCUGGUCUGUGCCAGCCCACGUCGAGAUGGCGUUGGCCGGCACGCUUGAGAGCUCGACCUUGCGGAUGCUGAUCGGGAAAAUACGAGCACGUCAAAUCAACGCUGCCGACCUGCCUCCCCUCUCACCGAUGGGCUGUCUCGUCGAGAAUGAAAAGGGCCUCUGUCGCCUGCAGAAAGAGCACAUCCAUACAUUCGGGAGUUGUCGAAAGACCGGUAUUGCUGCCGUACGCCGUCGAGUUUGGCGAAGACGACAGCGCUCGGGCCCUCAAGCCUGGCGGUGGUUGGGUCGGUGGUGUCGUCACCCGUCGUGCCUGACGUGCCGUCUCCCAUGAAGGUAAUCAAGUUGGUCCCGUCCCAGAAACGAACCUGAACAAGAAGGCAGAGUUCGAAGUGUGCACAGAUGUUAGGUCAGUCUCGGUUGCAGUCGUUCUCGCCUUGUGGUUGCCCUUGUCAGCGAUGUAAAGGUCCCCUGACGAGUCCAUUGUGACGUCCAUUGGGGUAUCCAUUUCGCCGACACCACUGUCAGUGUCACCUGACCGGACCGUGGACGUUGCAUCGACGCACAAACAGAAAGGGUACCCACACACAUGCAUGUAGCCACCAGCCACCCAUGCCCCUUCUGCGUCGCUCACCCGCCGAGUCGUAGGUUCCAGUAACCCUGGUGACUGUGUUCCCUGGCGCCGCCGCAUCCAGCCACACCACCUCGUGUCUCCCCGUGUUGGCCAGGUAGAUGCGGUUGGUGACGUUGUCGAAGUGCAUGCCCUGAGGAUUCAGGAAGUCAUUCCCGGGGUAGUCAUCAUCGUAGUCAGCACUGACGUAGAAGUCGCUGGCGCUGCCUGUCGUAAUGUCGUACUUCACAGUCCGGUUGUUGGCCGAGUCGGAGAUGAAGAGCACGGAGUUCGCAACGUCGAUCGCCAAACGACUCGGCGUGUUCAGCUCAAAAGACGUCCCCGGUCCAGCUGACCCAUAUCCGGCGGUCCCAGUGCCGACGACUCGCUGUAUCUUGCCCGAUGCCUUCUCAACGUACAGGAUGCGGUGGCUGCCCGUGUCGGCGAUGUACAUGUUGCCGUCUCCGUCCUCCACGGCGUCUUCGGGGCUCGACAGCUGAAAGGCUGUGGCAAACGUUCCGUCAGUGGUGCCGCCUCCCCCGCCAGCCACGGUGCGGAUGGUGGCGGCUGACAUAGAGUAGUGCCCACGUGGGCUGAGGCUGCCUUCCGGGCUCUCCUCCGGAGGACAGGCGCUGGACAUGUCAAUCAGUGGCGCUGCGCUGGACGAUCGGUUCGUGCAGAUGUGGCCGGCGUGGCAAUAGCCUGAGGGAGCCGGGAGCCUGAACACCGAGCACGAUGGGGACAAUGGUGUGUGUGUGUGUGAGUGCAUGUGUGUACCUCUGUUGUCCGCAGUACUGGCCUUCGGGACAGUCGGUCGGCAACGAAGAGCUCUGGAGGCAGUAUUCGCCGAAGCCGCAGUAGUUGUUGAGCGGGCGAGGCGUGAUCGACUGGCUUGGGCUGUUGGGGGGACAGAAGUAGCCAGCGUCACACGGGCCCGUCACAUCCGUCUUGCCAGGGACCUCACAAUAGUAACCUACCAUCAGGUACAAGGAAACACACGCACACACCAUCAGCUCACUGAUUUAAACGCUGUGUGUCUCUGCAGGUGACGUGUGUGCGGCGCGCGUAGUCACCGGGGUCGCAGUCCGUGCAGUCAGCUGAGCUUUCUGCGCUCCCGGAUGUGUUGAAGGUGCCGACGGGGCACGGGUAUUGCUGCCGAGAGAAAGAUGCAGAUACCACAGACAGGCAGAUAAACAAACGGACAGAUGCCGCUCUAUUGAGCUUUUGUUCGUGGCCCACAAGUACGCACGUUGUCAUAUUCCGUGUUUGCGGGGCAGUAAAAUCCAGGCUGCAUAUUAAUGAUCGAGAACAUGAGACACAAACACGUAAGGCACCCUUGAUCCUGUGCAUCCACGACUUACGGGGCACGGCGUCAGGCUGUCUGCCCCUCGAUCGCAGUAGCUGCCUGCACAGCACAGCACAGCACAGCACACGAGUGGCCGGCCAGCCGUGUCUCAGGCAGCGCAUGUGUGCUGUAUGCCUUUCGCGUCAAUGCAUACCCGCCUCGCAUGGGUCGCAUGUUGAACUGCCGGAGGCCGUUUGGUAUGUCCCUGGCUCACACGGCACUGCCUCGUAGCUCUGCACGGCGCAGAAGGUUCCCGCCGGCUGCAUGUAGCACAGACAGCGUGAGACAGUCCACCUCCGAAUGACUGACGUUCAUGUGACCAUCCGUACACAUGUGUUUUCCGUUGCGCUCGUGCUGUUUGGGCCGCAGAAGUGACCUGCGUAUACGAGAGGCAUGACCUGAUUUGCAUGAUUGAUUGGCACAGUACCUGCGUUGCACGGGCCUGUGGGUUCAGCCAGUCCGGUUGAGUCACAGUAGAAGCCGGGUGUGCAUGGGAGGCAGUCGGUCGCAUUCUCGUUGCCCCUGGCCGGAUUGAACUCUCCCUCCAGACACUCCUCCACCGACAGGGCGUUUUCCGGACACCACGUGCCAGGCUGCAUGCGUCAGGUUACGUAUGCAUUGACGGAUCCCAAGACACAGGACUGUGUUGACACGUGUGCGUUCCUGCUCACCCCGCAAAGUUUGCUCUCUUGUGUCUUGUAUUUAGUGGGAUCGCUGGCGUUUUGGUUGCAAAAGUAGCCUGCGUGGCAGUCCCCGGUAGGCGCGGCCAGGCCGUGAGCGCCGCAGUAGCUGCCGUCUGGACAGGGCGUCUCACUGCUGCUCCCCCCUGGACAGAUGUGACCCUGCACGUGCAGAGAGAGAGAGAGAGAGAGACCAAAGAUAAUGUCCAUAUAUGAGGCUGUGGAUUUGUCUGCCGACCGACCGGUGUGCAUCUGCCGCCCCCUCCCCGUAUCUUCCUCAAGAAGUAGGGGAGGGCCUCUGAGUUGGAUAUGUCGACGUCACGCCCCACCCAAUCGCUCGUCAGCGACAGACUGCCGCACCUCGGCGACCAAGCAGUGGGGCCCGAUACCACGAUCCCGAUACAGUUUGAAUCAAGGUUGCAGUAAGUCUCGGCCCCUCCUUGUGUGCCGUAGGUCACGCCCGAACCACAUGGCGUGAUGUCCUCGCCGGGAACCUCAACGGCGUAGUCGGUGCCUGACAGCCAGCGCAACAGGAAGUGCAGGCCUCGAGUGUUGAUGCUUUAACAACGGGUGGUUGCUCACGUGGUAGGACAGGGUUGGGAUCCACCGAUGCUCCAGUGCAGUAAAAGCCCUCAGCGCAGUCGCCGGUCGGCUCCUCGAGCCCCCGCAGAGCGCAGUACUUGCCCGGGUCACACUCGAUGCAUGAAUGCCACGUUUCCUGGCUGGUCAGGUUGUUGUAGGUGCCUGGCGGACAGGGGAACUGCGUCGCACUAGCCGUCUACACAUACACACGUGGGAGAAGCCAAUUGAGGCACAUGAUCUGCCACAAACAGCUGGCUGGGAACACACAAACCUUGUUAGGACAGAAAUGACCUGCACAUACACACGACACACAACACACAACACACAACACACAACACACAACAUGCAGUCGCACGGGAGAUAGCUGGCUGACUGUCUCACCUGCCGGGCAGUCUAGUGGGUCGAUGGACGCGAGUGGGCAGUACUUGCCUCCGCCGGGACAGUCGUUGCAGAAGCCCAUGCCGGCUGUGUCCUGGUAUGUGCCCUCCUCACAUGGGAUGGGGAAGGCGCUGCCCGCCGGACACUUGUAGCCCGCAGUGCACUCGUACGCGGCCGGCUGCACUUGUGCACAUACAUAGAUGAGUCACCAGCACAUAGACACUGCCUGCUGCGGGCUUACAGAUGAUUCGUUUGUCCCCGCUGGGCAGUAGUACCCCUCACCGCACAGGUGGACUGCACACAUUUUCAGAAAGGAAAUGUAGGCUGAGCGUAGAACGCCGUGAUUUGGGCACUACCUGCAUCAGUCUGAUUGGUCUCAUUGCAGAACCUGACACAGAGCGCCGAUCAGCAGGUGCCAUUAACGUGAGAAGUGUAUGCCUCCUCGGUUUGGACCUCACCUUCCCGGCGUGCAAGGGAGGCAUGAGGAGCUGAUUCAGAGAAAGGCAAGACAUAUCGGCACAUAUCAGGCUGUAUUGUCGCGUCAGUGUGUCUUCUGCCUCGCUUGCCUGUCAACUCCCCUCUCUGAGGGGUUGAAUGUGCCGAUCGGGCAUGGGUCUGGGACACUCGUCCCAUUCUCGCAGUAGAAUCCAGCUGGGCACGGGCCGCCUGUGGCCGUGGUCGUCUAUACCGUCACCAAUGAGAUACAUGACACCGAAUACACAUCAAGACACACGGGCACUGCUGAUGUACCUGUGGGGCAACCUCUGCCGAUCCCAGGUUGAUUGACGCUACGCAGAAGUAGCCCGCUGAGCACUGACAGCCGCACAGUGGGACGAAACAAAAGUGAAAGGUGACUUGAGUGAAAAAGCCGUCUGUCUUACGCUUCGCCCCGUUUCAUUCAUGCCGUAUUGCUCACACGCCGUUCCUGUGCGCAUCAGAGGCAGACCAUAGAUGAGAGUGGCUAUAGGUCUCGCUGUCGGCUCCCGUACCGUCGUCACAUGGCGUGCAGUCUGUUGCUGUGCUCAGCUGCGAAGCGUUGCCAUAGGUGCCUGGCGGGCAGGGCUGGUAGGAGGUGGAGCCCACUUGGCAGAAGCUGCCCUGUGGACACUCGUAACCGACGACGUCCGACAUGCCCUGGUCGGGACAGUAGUACCCCGCUGGACACGUCGUGCAACUCCCUUGGCCCGUCUGUUCCACACGGCAGGCACCCAGACAACAAUGAAUUGGUCGUGUGGCACAUGCGAUUCUGGCCUCGGUCUGUCGUGGCUGACAAGGUCGUUGUAUGUGCCGAUAGGGCAUGGGACUUGAUUGGAUGACCCAGCAGGGGCGUAGUACCCCUCGUCAGCCGUCAUGUUGGUCGAAUUGGUGGGCGUCUUGCCAUAUGGAUCGAUCGCACCGCCCGGGCAGUAAAAGCCCUCUGAUGAAACAGGCACGAAUCAGACACAUGUCUCGCUGCAGCUGUCUGUGUGUCUGACCGACUCACCUUCACAAGGCUGUGAGGCCGUCGCUGCGCCAACGCCAUCGCAAUAGAAUCCCGGCCUGAAGGGUUCAGCAACAAUCAGAGGGCAGGGUAGUGGUUCUUUCUGCUUCUUUCCAGCGGCAGCCAGUGACACCGACUCACGGGCAUGUAAUGCAUGAAGAGUUGUCUACACCAAGAAUCCACACAAAGCCGUUCACGAAGUGAAUGCGAGAAGACACUGCAUCUGUGUGAGUGGCAACAGCUCACCUUUAGCGCCCUCGAAGGGAUUGUAGAAGCCCUCUCUGACACACACAACGUUGACAACCAUCCCUUGAACACCCUCCUCGGCCUUUUGUGUAUGUGUGAUUACGAGCAUGCGGUCGGCUCGCUGGACCCGGCAGGGCAGAAGCCGCCCACAGAGCAGAUGUUGCCAGUGAUAUUGUCUCGUGGGGCGGGAGACACGGCCCGGCCAGCGCAGUAGAAGCCAGGAUCGCAGUCGCCUUUUGGGGCCGUCAGACCGUAGUGAUCACAGUACAUCCCCUCCUGGCCAAUCAGCAUCCAUCCAUUCAUCCAAGUACCAUCAUCCUUUUCGUCUCGUCUCACUGUGCAGUUGGUGCAGUCGGACGCCUGUGUCAAGCCCAUCGUGUCGCUGCAGCAGAACACACCGCGUCAGUGGAUGGCCUGUCUUUAAGUUUCGUCUCACCCAAAUGUGCCCGGUUCGCACGGCGACGGGUUGUCAGUGCCAUCGGGACACCAAUAGCCGUAGGGACACGCUUCAUGGUCCGUGCUGGCCAGGUUACAGAAGGAGCCGGCUGGGCAUGAGGCGCAAUCUUGAGCGCUUGUCGCCGCCGGCGCAUUGCGAAAAGUCCUGGAAGAAAAAGGCCACAGCAAUGAGAGAAAAGGGCCUGUGUUUCUGCCAUGCACCCACCCACCCAGGAGGACAUGGCUCUUGCGUCGACGAGAAGGAGCCCUGUACGCAUCCGUUCAUGAAUGGUGCAUGUAUGUAUGCCUCGACAUGUUUGGGUGAGCGUGAGUACUCACCUCCGGGCAGAAGUAUCCCGCGGCGCAUUCACCGGUUUUGGGAGAGCCCUCGUUAGAGGCUAUUGUGGCAGCUUGUGAGUACCUGCCGGCGGGCAUGGCUUUGCAGUCACUCAGCGCCUCCUUCUGGUAAUCGUCAUUGUACGUCCCUGUUGCAAAGACGCAUACUCGGGCACGAAUGUGUCAGUGUAGUGUGAUGGAGCCGACCAGCAGGGCAUGGUGUGGGGUCGAUAGAUCCCCGAGGACAGUAGUGGCCUCGCGUGCAUCGGCGAUCUACGGGGGUCUGGGCUGGGACCGUGUCUGUGAUAGAGGGAAAGACAGACCGAUGCGGCGAAAUCUUCCACACCUGACACUUAGCCUCACCUAUGCCGUCUUCGGCACAGAAGAAGCCCGCGGGGCAUUCGUUAGCAAGCAUCUGGACCUCAGUCGUAGCCGUCGCAUCGCAGUAGUGGCCCUAAGGUGCAACCAACACACACGCGAACAUAGCACUUGCACUUGUGUGCUUGUGAUUUGUUCAUGUGCACCUUUGGGCACGGUGUGCACGCAUUUUUUCCCUCUGACGAGUACUCGCCCUCUAAGCAAUCUGUGAAACUGCACACAAGAAAACGCAAUGAAGGGCAUGCAAAGGCCUCUUCUUGCAGUCUCCUUACUUGCCGUUGGUGCAAGAAUACCCCGCCGGGCAGAUGAUGCAGAAAGGAAACGCAAGGCCAGGACCUGGGACACACACACCAUGUGUGAAAGCUCAGUCUUGAUACGAAGGAAUCGCGCGAUUACCUCUUGCCUCAAAGUUGGUGUCGUUGGAGUAGGAUCCCUCGGGACACUUCGUCUCUGCUUCUGCGGCCUCGGGGCAGUAGUUGGUUGCCGUGCAUUCUUCGCAGUCCGAGAAUGCAGACUGACCGGUCUGGUCGUUGUAGGUGCCCGCAGGACAGGGAUACUCAGUCGCGCUACAUCGCACAAUCACCCAGAGACACACAGAGAAAUGCCUUAGGGAGAGGUGUGGUCGGGAUUUGAAAUUAGUACUUACUAGGUAGUGCCUUGAGGGCAGUAGUAGCCUGCACAGCAAGCCGACACGCUCAUAUAUGGGGAAUGCAUAUACAUAUGUAGUUUCAAGAUUUCCUUUUCAUACCCAUUGGGCAUGGCCCAGAUUCAGCCGUGUCGCCCCCUGCAUCACACACAUAGACAGAUGAGAAUGUCAAAAAGCCUUUGCCAACCUCUCUCCCCGUGUGUUCUCCCCUCCCUCCCUCCCGUUGCCAGCCGACCGUGGCAGUAGGAUCCACCGGGGCAAUCAGUGCAGUCCGCCGCUUUUUCUUGGUUGAGGGCCAAGGGAUCUCCGUAUGUGCCCGGAGGACAAGGGUAGGCAUCGGGAUGCUCCGUCCCUGAACGCCAGCCACGGCAAGUCAAAUAAAUAAAGUGAGACCGAUAAACAAAGGAGACACGUGUGAGCCUCUGAGAGAUCCCUUGCCUUCGAGGCAGAAGUGUCCGGCGGCGCAGUCCUGUGCUCCCUUGAUUCCCACCAACGUAGCUGACAAGAGCACACACAAAGACAGCCACCCGUGAAGUCCGUGUCUCCCAUAGCAACAGGCACACACUCACUGCCGGUGGUGCCCCAGUCGCAAGCGUAUCCGGCAGGGCACGCUUUGCACUCAUCCUCUGACUUGUAUGAGGUCCCAUCGCCGUACGUCCCUGGCGGGCACGGAUGGGAAUCGGGCUGCGCUGUCCCCCGCGGACAAAAGUGACCUUGGGGACACCUGUUUGUUGAGAUCAGAAUAUCAGUGCGUCUUAUGCGUUUUCUUCCCGAUGAUUCUUGUGCGGCUUACGAGAGUGAAGGAAGCGCGCUUUGGCCGUAGUGAGGGCAGCUGAAGCCCUCGGUACAGAGCUGGCAGCUCUCGAGAAACCCCACCUUGUCUUGGUCGUUCCAUGUGCCAGGUGGGCACGGUGUGGGCACUGUCGACGACAAGGGGCAGUAGCUGCCUGGCGGGCAGUCCGUGCAAUCCUCAGGGUGCUCCAGGCCUGAUACAUAAAUUGCACGGAGGUCUGACGGCUUGAUCCCUCACCCCUCUUCCCUCGCUCUCUCCUUGUUAUCACCUUCCGCAUCGCUGUAAGUGCCCCUUGGGCAUGGCGUUGACGUGUAGUCCAGCGAUGCAUAGGCGCACCAGUAACCAGGCGGACACAACACGGGCGCCGUCUGCAGAAUGAAUGCAUCGGACGUUGGCAGUCAUUUCGCGGUGACAUAUGCCGUGCUUCGUACCCUCCCAGGCGUGUCACAGUAUGUGCCGGCCGGACAUGGCUUGCAAUCAUACUGCACACAAUAGAAUAGUCAACAAACACGCGCUGUGUGGUUGGCAGCGAGCAUCAUCUUCGUGUGUGCCACUGAUGCGAAGGCGUACCACGCUCACAGAACCGAUCUCGUCAUUGUAUGUCCCUGAUCAAUCGUGCAUACGCGUGUAUUCAAAUGGCUUUCACAUGUCGUGUCUCUCGUCCCUGUGGUCUAACCUUGUGGGCACACUGGGAUUGCCGAUGCCUGUGUCCCAGGGGGGCAGUAGGACCCAGCCUGCCCAGAUAGAUGUGCACGCGCACAACGACCAUGACAUUGAUUCAUUGUGACUGUAUUUGUUCUCAAUCACCGGGCAGACGUUGGCAUCAGGGACCGACUGGCCCGCGUUGCAGUAAUAGCCUGCACGAGUCAAUGAGAGAGAGGAUCAGGAAGACCAGCGGAACGAAGAUGUUUGGCGGGAGGGACCUGCUUGAGUGUCGUAUACUGACCUGCGACACACUGCUGACAGUCGCCGAUCUGCAGACAAAGGAGACACCACACGUAGAAAUGAGCAAGGCAAGCUGUGAUCCUGGUCACUCUUGUUUGCAUCUCUUACCUCCCCCGCUCCUCUCUACACCAUGACAAGGGCAUUCAUAGGAAACACAGAUAACAAGCAAACAGACAGACCGACACUCAUUGCUGCUAUUAUCAACCAGCCGUCUCACCUGAGGGCCCCAAGUGCCUUCCUGUAAGGACAGCAAGACAGCAAGACAGACAGACAGACCAACGCAAAACCGUCUCCGCGUCUUUGGCCGCCAUGUGCACACUUACGGGGCAUUGCGCUGGCGAAAUGGUAAGUAGGUCGGCUUCGGUAGUGCCGGCUGGGCAGUAGCUCCUGAUCAAAUCAGAAUCAAACCAUGGACGUACUUGUAUUGUUCGUCGAUCGCCUGUGAAUGUCCUCCAUUCACUGCAUUGGCUCACCCCUUUGGACACGCAUAGGCAGCGGGUCGCGGAGACGUCGACCCCUGCUGACACACAUAUCCCGGAGCGCAGGGCGUGCAAACGCCUACAAACAGAGGCGGAGACAGACUGUGGCCGAUGCCUUGCUUGAGCUGUUUGGUUUGUUGUGAGAAAGUGACCUUCUCCCUCGUAUGAGUAUUCCCCCUCGGCACAGACAAGAGGCGAAGUACCACUCGCGAUCGGAUCAGGGCACUCAUAGCCUGCUCGCAAUGUCACAUCAGCAAGUGAGCUCUGAUGCUCAUUAUCCAUUCUUGCUUGAGUCAUUCGCCCACCGGCAGGGCAUGGAGUGCAUUCGGUCUGUCCCGGGUGGCUGUAACUCUGGAGGUUCUCACAUGGCUGUAGACACGUUUUGACACGAGUUACGGCUGCAGGGUGACUCGGUGGGGGGGCCUACGAUUGGGUCGAAGGCAGGAUCCGGGCAGUAGCUCCCCGCUGGGCAUGUGAUGCACGAUGCCUCUCCAGGAGGAGAAUAUGUCCCGAGAGGGCACACCUCCGUCGGGCCGGUGUCGUUGCACGCCACGCCCCACGGGCACAUGGUACAGGCUGUCGAUCCUUCGAGGGCGUAAAAACCAGUGAGAGGGGCGUAUACCGCUAACGCUGUGCAAUCUUCCGGAGUUGCUAUAUCCUACGUUGGUCAUCACACACAUUGGCACAGAUGGAUGGUCAGAUGUGGGUGCGCGGUGUGCCGUGGGCUGUUCCAUUGUGUCUCUCUGUCUCUCCCACCGGUGUGGGGCACUGACUGCCCGCCGGGCAUGGGAUGCAAGUCUCGGAAUUCAAAAGGCUGUAUGAGCCCAAUGGACACUCAAGCUGAAAGGCAGAGCCGCUGCCUGACACACACGCGCACACGGAGACCGAGCGGUUGCCAGCGAGACACCACCACGCCCAACGCAGCAGCGGGCUUACCAGUAUUGUUGCAGAAGAAUCCCGCAGUGCACGGGUUGCACUGCAAGCAACCAAAGUAAGCCAGCCACAAUGAGCCCGCCCUAUGCAUGGCAUCUCUGCCUGAGGUAGGCAGAAGCUGCUGUGUCAUGUCUGUCUCACCGCAGUCGAACGAUAGUCCGAGUACUGUCCAUUAGGGCACUGCACAGUGCGAAAGCAAGGACAAUGCUGCGUGACUGCGCGAAGUGGCAGGGUUCUUGCGUCGCCUACCUGAACGAUACCUGACCCAUCAAGAUUCGGACAUCGCGAUCCAGCCGGGCAGGGGGUGCAAUAGGUCUCGCUGCCCACUGAGCCAGUGAAAGACGCAUGUGCACAAUACAACACAGUGAGCAAGAGCAGAGGUCAUUCUUGCACAGAGGCAUGCACAUAUGGCUCACAAGAGUACUCUCCGGCCAGACAGGCUACGGGCGCGAACGAUGGGUCGGGGCACUCGCUGCCUGCCGGGCAUGCCUGACAGGUGGAGUCUGGGGCAGUUGGUAGGUCUGCGUAUGUGCCGAUGGAACAUGGGGUCAUAGUAUUAUUGGUACACUCGGAGCCCGGCAGGCAAGGGAGACAGUCGUGCCUGACACACGACACAAGGACAGGCGAAGAUGAAAGUACAUGUGAACACGCCGAUUGUUCAUGUCUCCGAAGCGUGGCCUGCAUGCUCACGCGAAGGUCCCGUCGGCACAUGCCCUUCGGUAGAGAGUGAUACUGACGGAGCCCGGGCUUCCCUCUGGCAGCCCAUUUGGAGGCGAGCGAUAUACAUCGUCGGUGACCGACGUAAUGCUGGCUUGGCAUUUCACCGUGUACGACAGAACGGUGUCGGGUGGCUCGGUUGCCGUGCUGGGAGUGAGAGUAAAAGGAACGCCGUUGGUCCAUUCCGGUGAAGGGAAAGCAUCAAUAGUGUCGGGGCCGGAGGGGGUGACGUAGUUCGUUGGGCUGCAAUCGAGCUGGAUCGUGACAUCAUUCUCCGGGGCCGUCGUCAGUCGCACUGUGGUUGUCACUGCAGUGCCGCCUUGGAAGGCAACGAUGUGGUUCGGCGUCCAUGUCACCUGACUCCACAAUUGUAGCAUCACCAACCGGUCAUUGCAUGCUUUUUCAUGUGUCUCUAUUGCUCACCCCGGGCACGACGUCAUCGAAUACCGACACCUCAAAGGGGUCCGGGUAGUGGUUAGCAUUGCUGAGGUCACCAAAGCUGGGGUCACCACCACCAGUGAUCGCAAAAGUGAUCUCAUCGAUCCUGGCACCACCGACGUAGGAUAUGUCGUCAGUGACGCCCGCGAUAACCACAGGCUUCGGAGUGGCCCAAUCGCCACUUGGGCCACUGGUGAACGUGAAGCUUGCCGCGGCGGGGACGAACGUCACAUGGCCGUUCGCAGAUGCAAGUGUGACCGUUGUAUCUAGGGACGGUUCCGAAUCCAACACAAUGGUGAAGGCAGUUUGCUGCAGAAAGAGGAGAAUGCAUCAGCUUUGAGUUGUCCUUUUGCUUUGUUUCGCUGACUCACUGAUUGUCCUUCGACGACCCAUCCGUCGCCGGAUACGAUGACGUAUUUGAGGUCGUCGUCGAGCACGGUGACCUGCACAUCGCUGCUGGGCGACCAGCUGGGGGGAUUCCAUGCAUCAGGCGCUGAACCGAUGGCGUGGGUGAUGGUGAAAGACCCGUCGCUGUCUGCCGUCACGUUGACGUACUGGUGCUUGUUGUAGUCGACCGGUGUGAAGACAAGGCUUGUCGGGUCCACCGUCAGCCCCAGGCCGGCUAUGUUGAUGGUGACAUCACUGUUUGGCCUUGAAUUUAGCACCACAGAGUAAAAUCCUGUACGACAAACAGCAAUCACACGACAAGGAACGUGAGAGAAACACAAGCCAGAAAGGUAGGCAGGCAGGCAGGCUGAGGGGCCAGCAAGUACCAGGCGGCCCGUUCUCUUUGAUGACAGGGCAGCCACUCAAGACGACUUGCGGGCCGCCUGUCACAGCAAUGACUGCGCUUGUCGCGGUGGCGCCGCUACCGCCGGCACAACUGCCUGCGUUGGCCUGGUGACAAACAAAAACACACACACAGAAGGAAACAAGUAAACAAACAAUCAAACAAACGGCAGCCUGAGACAGGCGGUGCAGGCGAUCCCUUCUCGUAUCUCACCUCUAUCGAGAAGGAACCGCUCCUGUCGAUUGAGAGGUGAUUAAACGUUGCAACGCCAGUCGUGGCAUCACUGAAGACAUCCGUGGGGCCCGAUAGAAUGGCCAGACCACCCGUAAUUGAAAGACCGACCGCAUUCGACCCAGAAACGGUGUUGUCGUUGGCGUCUUUCAUCACCACCUGAACCCCGAACUCUUCCUCCGCCUGCACAGUCGACGGCGGCUCGGUGGACAACUCAAUUUGACUGCAGGAGCCAGGAGUGAUGUCGAACGGGUCGCUGGUGACGGUCAGUGUCCCAUCAGUAAAGUUCAGAACAUAGUUGCUUCCAGCUAAGAUGCAUAUGCGGCACAGCAACAAGGGACAGACGGUGAACGUAUGUGGAGUCGCCUGUUGUGUCUCAAGCCAUACCGAAGUCGAUCCGCAGGUCGUCGAAGUCGGCAUCACCAUUCACUGCAGGUUCUGAGUCCGUGCUACUGGGUAAGAAGGCGGCCCCACACGUCCCGCUGCCUGCUGCGAUGCUUGCAACAAUUGGACCACCAAUUGGAUCUGUGUACGUGGCCACCUUGUUUCCAAGACCAUCGACGGCCGUCACUAUAAUCGAAGGCAAGAGGGCCCCCGCCACUGCAGAUGCCGGGGGCUGGGUUGUGACGAUGAGGGCAGCGGCCGGCAGUGGGUCGAUGUCGAAUUCGGCGCUAGCAACACCGAGACAUUCAUCACAUGUGAACGUCAGCGUGUAAGUGCCCGCGACCUGGACGCUCAGGUCGGUGAAAUCCACAAUGCCGCCCAUGCCAGUUGCAUCCACGGCCACCGUACCGGAGAGCCCUCCAGUGGGUGGGUUCAGUGCGACAUAGACGUUCCCAGCGUAAGCGGGAUCAAUGGCGCCGCCCGUAUGCACUUCUACUUGCACGGGAUUAAAAGAAGGAUCAGUGAUGAUAGCUCCAGCGGCGGCAUCUUGGGGCUGCUGCGUCAUGACCACCUCGUGCGAGGUCAGGUUCGUGACCUCCAGCGUGUAGUAGGCCUCAGCGUACUUUCCAUCAGUGGUGUCACAUGGGCCACUGGCGGCAUCACUGCACCAGCAGACCCUGUAUGUGCCGGUUGUGGGGAUAGAUCGAGACGAAUACGUCUGCUGAGUGGCACUGGAUGAGCCAGAGUCAGGGCUUAUCGGACCCGUUCCAGAACCCGUGUCGCCACAGACAGUGGUGCUUGCCACGAUGGUAAUACAAUCGUUGUUGUUAAAGGUAGCACUACCAGCGGCUCGACGCAACACGAUGUCAAAGUCGCGACUUGCGACGACAUACUGCAAAGAGAGAAGAACCCUUGCCGUACCCCAGCCAAUGGUCAGAUUCUUUCGCUCACUUUGAUAACUUGGUCCUCUGCCUGCGGUCCGGCAGUAUCCACCCACUUGACAAGGCAGGCGAGGAGAAACCACAGAAGGAACACCAGAGGGGCACCCCGCAU